AUGACUAGUGCCGCGAGCACUAUCACGGAGACGACCAGCCUGGAGCCUGUUGCUACCGAUGCAGCUCUUUUGGGUGCCGCAAUAUGGGCGGAUUGGCUUCGAUCGCACGGUUCGGGCUCGGGCAGCAGGAGCCUGACUACUAAGUCCGGGUUCCGCCAUUCAACUUCUACCUGGGAUUCGUCUACUGUCGUUGUCAGCGGCGUCAGUACUUUUUCCUCAACUGCUACCACCAGUGCCACCUCGACCACAACUGAGGGUGGCACUACGUCUACAGUUGAGCAACCAGUCUGGACCAGUUCACCUUCGUCCACAUCAUCUGCUGAGGCUGCUACCACCUCCGGGCCAGCUUGGUCUACUACAACUGUGGACGUGAGCCCCGUUUCCGAGUCAACCUCAAGCACGGCAUGGACAUCCGAUGCCUCAACCUCGUCCAGUUCAUCUGUGGAGCCGAAUCCAACUUCUGGGCCAACAUCAAGCACAACUGGUUCACCGGAAAAUGGCAGUACCACCUCUUCUACUGGAUCUCCCUCUCCUGCGUGCCCUUAUUACCCCGGCCAAACCAUUCCGAGUGAAACCGACUCUUGCGCCAGUUACACCUACAUCUGCGGCCGUACCUACGGUGACAGCAGUUUCCGAGGCGAUGCAUUGACUCGAGCCAGCCCAGAGCUCUGUGUUCGUCGCUGUGACACCUUGAAUCAGAACCAGGGCGCGGGCACCUGUCUCGGUAUCGUCUUUGACCCUACAUCCGCCGUUGACAACUGCAGGAUUCUGCGCAGUACUCAAGGCCGGACGGACAACACACGUUAUGUGGCUCUCCUUGUUUCUCGCGAUCCAAACUGUGGUAGGGUUAUCGAUGACUCUUUCAGCACCACCUCGGAGACUACAACUUCCUUUGCAACGUCGACGGAGCCAGCCACAACUGAGUCUUCAAGCUCUUCUGAUAUGGUCACUUCUUCGACGACAUCCUCGAGCACAUCCAGUGUCUUCCAAGGUGGAGAUGGAACCUCGACCACCAUUUCAUCGACUACCGGAACCGCCGAGUCCACCACCUUCACUCGCAGUCCAUCGCAUUCUCACAGCCACUCCCGUGGUAGCCGAACUUGGUCAUCCUGGCAAUCUUGGUCUACAUCGAGUGGCAAUGUCACGGUGGGGGCUACAUCGACUAUCUCGAAUGCGAAUACCACUGCUUCUACUACUGCUACUACCACCGAGACGACCAGCGCGAGCAACGCGACGUAUACCAGUACCAGUGCGAUCAACAACACCUACACUAGUAGUUCCAUGGACACCACCAGCUACGGUCCCUCUUCGACGAGCGUCACGAACCAAACAUGGACCACCUCGUCCGCGAACAACUCAUCGAGCACAAGCUUCGUGGCUCCAGUCACCACAAGUACUUACUACUUCAAUUCGACCUCCUCUGGCACCACCACUUCCACCGUCGGCUAUGCUACGACCACGACGGCCAACGCUACCACAACAGCAACCAGCACAAGCAGCAGCUGCCCAGUCACACCAACCACCGUUUCGGUAACUGUAACCGUCACAGGCAAUCCUGCAAGCGUAACUUCGACCGUUACCGUACCUUUGACGGUAACCUCGACUUUCACCAGGACAAGGACCACCAGGACCGUGACAACCACCACGAGCACCAAGACCAGAUAUACCACCACCACCGAGACUAACACUGCCACAGUUACCGCGACCGAGUGCUAUGGCGGACCACGAUGGGGCCGAAUCCACUGGUAA